ACUUCCUGGGGAAAUAAUGAGAAGAGAGGGGGAAAAAAAAACACCUCCGAUGAACACAUCUGAAACUCUGGACUGAAUCCUUCUUCCCUGCUGAAGCACGCCACCUCAACUUCCUCUCGGUCGCAGCGUCGACCUCUCCCAAGUCCCAACCCCCCUCUUCGACUGCUGGAAGCGCGGAUUUAUCCGGCCUCGGAUCGACUGUCCCUCCUGUUGGUGCGGGAGACCUAGCUUGCUUGGAUCGACUUCUUCCGCCCCGAUCAGCAGCCGUGAGCGGAGAUGAACUGCGAAACCUGUCAGCUGAAGGAGCUGGAGCUGGAGCCAACGGAGAUCAGGGAUGUGUUGCGAUGCAUUUUGCAUACCAUAUUCUUCCAUAGAACUCUCAGCCUCGUUCGCCCCAAAGAUGUUGACUGUGAUUUCCUUGAGAUUACUUAUGUACAAUGUGGUCUACCAGAGCUAGAAAAGGAAGUAGAUGAAAAGAUAGACCAGUUUAUUACUUGGGUGGAGAAGCACCCAAAUCGCAGAAGCCAGGUUUGCCUGUCCUUUUUUGACGAGAAGAGCAAAAACCCAGGUUGGUUUGUCAACAAAACAGAGCGCAUUUAUUGGGAACAAUGGUUCAUCAAUUUGCAUGUCAUGAGCUCAAAAAGAUACAGCAAAUCAAACAGCUCCAAACGGCUUACAAACAUUGGAGGGAAUGACUUGGAAGAGACCAGCUCAAGGCGUGCUGCAUUGGAGUCGUCGCUUAACGAAGUGCUAUUCCAGAUCAUAAACUUCGCCAACGAGAAAAAGGACCACAUUCCUGCCAUCCCUGACAGAAUUUUCAAUCACGAGAUCAUGAUCCCAAGGUGACCCUUUUCCUUGGACGUGUUGACAGCUCCUCGGAUUCUGUAUUUGGAUGGAACACCGACGUCAUUCGCAGAGUGCUGAAUAGUGGACACCCGUGCUCACUUUAGCUGAAGAUGGCUGGUGCCAACCGUCCUGUGUGAAGGUGCAUUUCUAACCAUCAUGGUCACUGUGUAAUAUGCUUAGAAAGAACUAGUGUACAUGAUCCCUGUGUGUUGCCAGAGUAUGUUCCUUGUAAAUAUUUGUGAAUGAAUGUUUUCAUUCCGUACAAUGUUGCCUGUUCCACAGCCAGAUGCUUAAUCUACUGAGUAUCAAGUUCACUAUGGUCUGAAUUGUUCUAACUAAA